GAGAGGGAGGGCAGGGAGAGAGCUGUUCAGAGAGCUGAGCCGGAGGAGCAGGGACAGCCUUCAUCCCCGGGAAGACUCUGGAAGGGGCUGGCUUGUGUUUGGAAGCUGGGCUCCGGAUUCGCACCAUGGACCCCAGGACAGCGGAGGAGCAGCGGCCCUGACUGGACUAUCGCUCCAGCCGCCGGAGGCUGAAAAGGGGGCAGCGCGGCUCCUGGCCCUGACCGCAGCUCUGUCCGGCUGCACCGAGACCGAAACACAGGGACAGGCGGCCGCACGUGGGAGGAGUCGGGGCGACCGGCAGGGCGAUGGGCGCGAGGGGUCGGAGGGCGGCGGCGGCGGCGGGGCCCCCGGAUGGCGGCUGGGGCUGGGUAGUGCUGCUCAGCUGCUUCGUCGUCACGGGCUUCUCCUACGCCUUCCCCAAGGCGGUGAGCGUCUACUUCAAGGAGCUGAUGAAGGACUUCGGUGUGGGCUACAGCGACACGGCCUGGAUCUCCUCCAUCAUGCUGGCCAUGCUGUACGGCACCGGCCCCGUCUCCAGCAUCCUGGUCAACAGGUUCGGCUGCCGCCCCGUGAUGCUGCUCGGGGGUCUCCUGGCGUCGGCUGGCAUGGUGGCCGCCUCCUUCACCACCAACAUCAUCCAGCUCUACCUCUCCGCCGGGGUGCUCACAGGUCUGGGCCUGGCCCUGAACUUCCAGCCCUCCCUCAUCAUGCUGGGCAGCUACUUCGACAAGCGCCGCCCGCUGGCCAACGGGCUGGCGGCCGCGGGCAGCCCCGUCUUCCUGACGGCGCUCUCCCCGCUGGGGCAGGUGCUGCUGGACCGCUACGGCUGGCGGGGGGGCUUCCUCAUCAUGGGGGGGCUGCUGCUGAACUGCUGCACCUGCGGGGCCGUGAUGAGGCCCCUGGGGUGCCGUGGCGGGGGGCGGGAGGGGGCGGCCCCCCAGGAGCUGAAGGAGAUGCUGCCGUCCAAGGGCGGGGCGGAGGGCGGGAGGGCCGGGAAGAGGAGCGACCGGAAGAGCAGGAGGAAGCUGCUGGACUUCAGCGUCUUCCGCAACCGGGGCUUCGUGGUCUACGCCGUGGCCAAGUUCGUGACCGUGCUGGGGCUGUUCGUGCCCCCCAUCCUGCUGGUCAACUACGCCAAGGACCAGGGGGUGCCUGACCGGGAGGCGGCCUUCCUGCUGUCCAUCAUCGGCUUCAUCGACAUCUUCGCCCGGCCCACCUGCGGCGUCAUCGCCGGGCUCCGCUGGGUGCGGCCCAGGGUCGCCUACUUCUUCAGCCUGGCGCUGCUGUUCAACGGGCUGACGGACGUGUGCUCCGCCCGGGCCACGGACUACCGGGGCCUGGUGGUCUUCUGCGUCUUCUUCGGCGUCUCCUACGGCAUGGUGGGCGCCCUGCAGUUCGAGGUGCUCAUGGGCAUCGUGGGCUCCUCCGCCUUCCCCAGCGCCCUGGGGCUGGUGCUGCUCAUCGAGGCCGUGGCCGUGCUCAUCGGGCCCCCCUCCGCAGGCCGGCUGGUCGACGCCUUCAACAAUUACGAGCUGAUCUUCUACAUGGCCGGCGGCGAAGUCAUCGCUGCCGCGGUCAUCCUCAGCGUGGCCUCUUACUGCUGCGUGGGGCGGGGCCAGCGCUCCCGGGACCCGGCCAAGGGGGCGGGGACAGACAGGGAAGCGGACUCCCCAUUGGCAGACGGCAACAACGCCCACCGAAACCACUCCUCCUCUGAGCUGGCCCCCCCCAGUCGUCAGGAGGACCUGGCCCAGGGGGGAGGGGCCUUGCGGGAGGAGGAGAUGGGGUUAAACAUGGAGUGCCCGGUGCAGAGAGAGAGCUUCUGAGGUUCUUCUCCGAUACUGCACUUAGCCAGUAACGUCUUGCAAUAAACUCACUGCCCUUGUGAAAAAAAUCAAGUCUCGUCUUAAAAGGUAUUAUAAACGUCUUGCAUUUUCCCUCUGCUGUUAAAUGCUCUAUAUAGAGUGCCUAUCGCAUCUAGACCUCUCUCCUCCGACUGCACUGUCUCAAUAUGUGGACUGAGCCCAGAAAGCCUGAAUUAAAACUAAAAACAAAAGCCUCCUUCUGGGCACCUCCUCCUCUAUCUUCAUGUCUCGGGCGCUGUCCCCAGUCCUCGCCGCGUCGGGAACAACUGGACAGUGCCGUGGACUGUGGGGGUGCGAGGGGUGGCAGACUGCUCUCAGGGUGGACGUACUCCAGUUGUUCACCUUAUAGAGGCUCGUGAAGGCAUGAGCUACAGCCGGUCCUGCUGUACAGUACUAUUCUACUUGCAUAUGCUUGUGUGCUGUACAGCUCUGUUCUCUUGUGUUACUGCAGCACCAAGCCUUGGGUAGGGGUGCGUGAGGGGUGUUAGUGCUGUACUGUUAUAGGCACGAUGAAUUAUUCAGAUUAUAGACUCUCUUUUCUGUGGAAAUAAAUCGGUGUACACUUCAGGCUCCCUCACUGACAAUGUCAGAAAC